CAAGUGUCCGGUGGUGCGCCGGGAGUCAGAACAGCGUCUAGCGACCCAGACUUCGCUUGCGGGAGGAGAGUGAGCCAGCGAUGCUGCCGCUGCCGCUUCCUGAUUGGCUGUCGGUGGCUCCCUCUACGUUCUGAUUGGUAGCGAGUUAUCUGGAUGAUGUUGAGCAAGGGUCUAAAGCGCAAGCGGGAGGAGGAGGAGAAGGAAGCCCUGGCAGUGGACUCCUGGUGGCUGGAUCAGGGCCACCCAGCAGCAGCACAGACCCCUCCACCAGUGGCCUCCAGCUCACUCUUCGACCUCUCGGUGCUCAAGCUCCACCACAGCCUGCGGCAAAGUGAGCCUGACCUCCGGCACCUGGUACUGGUGGUGAAUACACUGCGGCGCAUCCAGGCAUCCAUGGUACCUGCAACUGCUCUGCCACCAGUGCCCAUCCAGCCCACAGUGCCCACUGUAGCUGACAGCCUACUGUCUAGUUCUGAUGCUGGUCUCUCAGCCUCCGUGGCCAGCCUCCUAGAGGAUCUCAGCCAUAUUGAGGACCUGAACCAAGCCCCCCAACUCCAAGCAGAUGAGGGGCCUCCUGGCCGCUCUGUUGGGGGGGCCCCACCCAACCUGGGUGCUUUGGACCUGCUAGGCCCAGCCACUAGCUGUCUGCUGGAGGAUGGGCUUGAAGGCCUCUUUGAGGACAUUGACACCUCUAUGUAUGACAGUGAACUUUGGGCACCAGCCUCUGAGGGUCUCAAACCCAGCCCUGAGAAUGGGCCAGCCAAGGAUGAAACUCCAGAGUUGGACGAGGCUGAGCUGGACUACCUCAUGGAUGUGCUAGUGGGCACACAGGCACUGGAGCGGCCUCCAGGGCCUGGUCGCUGACCCCUGGGGCUGGGAUGGUUGUCUGGCAUCUGAGCUGAGCCUGGUGGCUGGACCAGUCCACCUUGGCCUAGCAUAGGCAUCUUUCCCUUACACAGGAAGGACAGGGCCACUUUGGAGAGACAGAAUCAAGUCCUGGGCAACUUCACAUCCAUCUUCCUAUCUUGGACUGGUGAGGGAGUUGGGGAUUGGACUUCAGUGAUGGAAAGACAGGGCCUGGUGGCUGCAGUGUGUGUGGGCCAGGCCCCAGGCUGGACUGAUCCCUUGGGAUGAUAGUCUGGGCUAUUCCAUCUUCCCUGAUGUGGGAAGACACCUCAGCCCAAUUUUUGAAAUUAAAACCAUUUUUGGAAAAUA